UGCCACAGCGACACCAAAACCUCCGCUCCCCUUCACUCACCUGAUUCCAACUGCCCGUGCUCCCUCAUUUCUCAUGGCGUCAGCUGCUGCAACUCGGCCCAGCGGACCGGUCCUGUCAAUUCCAAACUACCGCUCCGCCUCCCCCAACCGUGUCAAGCUUUCCGCCGCCCGCUCGCCGGCCAAGUCCGUCAGCGUCUCGUCGCCGCCGGCGCCGUCCGGCGCCGUCAAGUGCCGCCGCUCGUGCAUGUGUUCGCCAACGAACCACCCGGGCUCGUUCCGAUGCAGCCUCCACAAGGAGCGCAAACAGGAGGCUCCAACCGGAAACGGCCAUAGCAAGCCUGCCUCCAGGCCUACUACGCCGCCGUCCGCCGUCGUCUCGACCAGCUCCGGCGCGGGUAGCCGUAUGUUGGCACGCAGGGCGAUCAAUCCGCCCACGCAGUCGCCGCACCAUAGGAGAGCCGCCGGAGGGUUCCGGCCCCGCCCCCAGCCCAGUCGCCUCUCCGCCGUCUCCUUCGCCGGGGACCGGGCCGGCAACAACCGCCAGUGAACAAACCAACCAGCCAAGGUCGUCGACAUUCCAUAGCAGCGAGAUACAAGUACAUACUGUGCAUAGUAAAGAACAAUUGGGGAGAAGUUCCCCUAAUAAUUCACCGGGAUCUCUGUAAGUAAUCUGAAGCCGGUGGGAUCAGGCUGGGAGACUGGAGUUUUGGAGCCAAUCGGAAUCGGCCCGGCCCUGAUCAUCAGCCCGUCCAGUGUAGAUACAUACAUACUGGCAGUGUAUAUAAAGAUUGUAUAGACGUCGUCCUCUCCGAUGUGUAUAAGGAACUAUGGUUUUGGAUAUAUACAUGAGUGACUAAAUGGAGACAUUUCGAUAUAUACAUGUGUGUGAUGAUCUGGCCCGUGUGGAGCGGGCAGCUUAUCCACCAUGGAUGAUUGUAUGCUGCCCGACCAACUCUCUGCUUCUGUUUGUGUUGGUCUGGAGUGUGGCGAUGGAUCGCCCCCGUUUCGGUCUUGGAAUUUGGAUAAGCUCGACGCAGCGCAGAGAUCAUGGGUGGCAUGACUGGCGUCUCGCCGUCGUCUCCUGCGGUCA